UCUGACCAGGACCAGGCUCUGUGUGUGUCUGGACUGACCAGGACCAGGCUCUGUGUGUGUCUGGACUGACCAGGACCAGGCUCUGUGUGUGUCUGGACUGACCAGGACCAGGCUCUGUGUGUGUCUGGACUGACCAGGACCAGGCUCUGUGUGUGUCUGGACUGACCAGGACCAGGCUCUGUGUGUGUCUGGACUGACCAGGACCAGGCUCUGUGUGUGUCUGGACUGACCAGGACCAGGCUCUGUGUGUGUCUGGACUGACCAGGACCAGGCUCUGUGUGUGUCUGGACUGACCAGGACCAGGCUCUGUGUGUGUCUGGACUGACCAGGACCAGGCUCUGUGUGUGUCUGGACUGACCAGGACCAGGCUCUGUGUGUGUCUGGACUGACCAGGACCAGGCUCUGUGUGUGUCUGGACUGACCAGGACCAGGCUCUGUGUGUGUCUGGACUGACCAGGACCAGGCUCUGUGUGUGUCUGGACGGAUUGACUGUGGCCCUACACUCCUCUUACCAGGGUAAUUGCUGAGCAACAGCAGGGGGCCGAGCAUUGAACCCUGAGUCACCCCAACAUAACACAAAUACUUUCACCCCAUGGCUGCCAUGUUGUUCUCUCCCUUUUCUCUUCUUCAGUCUCCAUCCCUCACAUCUCUUUUGUUUUCUUGAGGCUUUAUAUAGAAGUAUUUCACGAUGAUUGAAGCUUUUAUCACCCCUCGUCUGUGAUACCAUUGAAAUGAUCACAGCAAUAGUGGCAAUAACACUCAGGAAGUAAUUGCAACGUGUUAAAGCUGAAGCAGUCCAACCACUAAAAGUAUGUUGCUGUUUCUCUGUUUUUAGGUUUUGUUUUCAAUAUAGUGUAGCUACGAUGAAGAAUUCCUAUUGGAUGUUUGUUUUGUUUUUACUUCUGUUUGCACUGUGCUAAUAUACUUUGGGGAGUGUUAUACUCUUACAGAAAAUGUUAUUUGUUGAAGUGCUAUCCUCUGUACUGAAAUGUUGUCAUACCUAUGAAAGUAUAUCAUUUACAUUCUGUAUCUUUCAUUGAUCUGAAAAGUUAAUAUUCCCCAAAUAUGUUCCAUUUGGGGAUAAAUCAUAUUGUAUAGUGUUGACUAUGUUAUUGUAGAGGUUUUGUUUGGAGAGAGUGGAUUGUAGUGUGGGUAGUGGAGAGAGAAGGGAUUGUAGUGUGGGUAGUGGAGAGAGAAGGGAUUGUAGUGUGGGUAGUGGAGAGAGAAGGGAUUGUAGUGUGGGUAGUGGAGAGAGAAGGAUUGUAGUGUGGGUAGUGGAGAGAGAAGGAUUGUAGUGUGGGUAGUGGACAGAGAGAAGGGAUUGUAGUGUGGGUAGUGGAGAGAGAAGGGAUUGUAGUGUGGGUAGUGGAGAGAGAAGGAUUGUAGUGUGGGUAGUGGAGAGAGAAGGGAUUGUAGUGUGGGUAGUGGAGAGAGAAGGAUUGUAGUGUGGGUAGUGGACAGAGAGAAGGGAUUGUAGUGUGGGUAGUGGACAGAGAGAAGGGAUUGUAGUGUGGGUAGUGGAGAGAGUGGGUAGAAGUGUGGGGAGUGGGUAGAAGUGUGGGGAGUGGGUAGAAGUGUGGAUAGUAUGGUGUUGGCUAUUUGAAGGUCAUUGUUUUUUAUAUAAGCCCCAGGACUUUCAAUUUCCAUGGACACAUAGGAAACAUACUUACACAUUGAUGAAUGGACGGUUAGCAGCUGAAAUAUCAGAUACAAGAUGAGACAUUAUCUCUAUGAAAUAUCAAUGUGUCACAGUCUUAGACGCUCGUCUUUGAAAAAUCCAACCGUUUUUUUUUGUUGUUUUUUAAGUCAUUGAGAUUCAACGGGUUGGCAAGGAGCAGCAACAUUUGUCAGACCUAAUCCUAGUGAGUUCAUGUUGACCCAUGUCAGUUGUCAUAGUGACCCGAGAUGUUAACCCGAACCCGUCUGUCCACUUGGCCUGAUUGCACUUUUCUCGAAGUGCACUUUAACAAACAUAAAUAUGUUCUGAUGGCCGAGGAUCCCUGUGCUCAGAAUAUGGAGGAUCCCUGUGCUCAGAAUAUGGAGGAUCCCUGUGCUCAGAAUAUGGAGGAUCCCUGUGCUCAGAAUAUGGAGGAUCCCUGUGCUCAGAAUAUGGAGGAUCCCUGUGCUCAGAAUAUGGAGGAUCCCUGUGCUCAGAAUAUGGAGGAUCCCUGUGCUCAGAAUAUGGAGGAUCCCUGUGCUCAGAAUAUGGAGGAUCCCUGUGCUCAGAAUAUGGAGGAUCCCUGUGCUCAGAAUAUGGAGGAUCCCUGUGCUCAGAAUAUGGAGGAUCCCUGUGCUCAGAAUAUGGAGGAUCCCUGUGCUCAGAAUAUGGAGGAUCCCUGUGCUCAGAAUAUGGAGGAUCCCUGUGCUCAGAAUAUGGAGGAUCCCUGUGCUCAGAAUAUGGAUGAUCCCUGUGCUCAGAAUAUGGAGGAUCCCUGUGCUCAGAAUAUGGAGGAUCCCUGUGCUCAGAAUAUGGAGGAUCCCUGUGCUCAGAAUAUGGAGGAUCCCUGUGCUCAGAAUAUGGAGGAUCCCUGUGCUCAGAAUAUGGAGGAUCCCUGUGCUCAGAAUAUGGAGGAUCCCUGUGCUCAGAAUAUGGAGGAUCCCUGUGCUCAGAAUAUGGAGGAUCCCUGUGCUCAGAAUAUGGAGGAUCCCUGUGCUCAGAAUAUGGAGGAUCCCUGUGCAGAAUAUGGAGGAUCCCAGAAUAUGGAGGAUCCCUGUGCUCAGAAUAUGGAGGAUCCCUGUGCUCAGAAUAUGGAGGAUCCCUGUGCUCAGAAUAUGGAGGAUCCCUGUGCUCAGAAUAUGGAGGAUCCCUGUGCUCAGAAUAUGGAGGAUCCCUGUGCUCAGAAUAUGGAGGAUCCUAAUAUGGAGGAUCCCUGUGCUCAGAAUAUGGAGGAUCCCUGUGCUCAGAAUAUGGAGGAUCCCUGUGCUCAGAAUAUGGAGGAUCCCUGUGCUCAGAAUAUGGAGGAUCCCUGUGCUCAGAAUAUGGAGGAUCCCUGUGCUCAGAAUAUGGAGGAUCCCUGUGCUCAGAAUAUGGAGGAUCCCUGUGCUCAGAAUAUGGAGGAUCCCUGUGCUCAGAAUAUGGAGGAUCCCUGUGCUCAGAAUAUGGAGGAUCCCUGUGCUCAGAAUAUGGAGGAUCCCUGUGCUCAGAAUAUGGAGGAUCCCUGUGCUCAGAAUAUGGAUGCACGUGUGACUAAGUCGUUUGGAUAA